AUGCAGCGAGGUGCGCUGGCCGAGGCCGCCGCACAGCUGCCGUCCAAGCACAUCGCGUGGCUGCAACGGUGGUACUACCUGCGGCGGCUGCUCGAGGCGAACGUGCGCGUCGUCGCCCUCGACACCGACAUGGCCAUCACCGCUGACCCGUUCCCGCUCUUGCGCGCGUACCAGCUCGUCACGACGUACGACUUCAAGGGCGGCUUCGCAAACACAAACAUCGGCUUCGUCUGCCUGCAGAAUGCGACGCGCGGCGGCCCGGUGCACGCGCUCUUCGGCGAGUUCGAGGCGCGGGCGCGGGUCGCUCGCUCGCUCGCCGUCACGCCGCCUCGCGAGCAGACUGCGCGGUUCGUGACGCAGUACAUCUGGGACCAGAACCUGUUCAACAAGGUGCUCCUCUCGGCGCUGGCGGGCCACGCGGCCUACCUGCCCGACCGCGCCAACGCCGCCUGGACCGCUGCAAACCGCGCCAAGCUGCGCGCGCGAAACCACUGGCUGCAAGUCGACCCGCCCCUCGCGCCCCCUGGCUGGCUGGGCAGCAGCGGAAAGUACUUCCCGCGCGCGCCGCGCCUGUACGGGCGCAGGCCGUGGGGCUUGGGGCACAGCCUCAAGGCCGAGGACUACGGCGCGCGGCCUCUCCCGGCCUAG